AUGAAUUGACAUAAAUUACUGGUAUUUAUGUUUUUGUUUUUGUUUUUUUCUUCAUCAGCUGGUUAUUUCCACCAUAUGCAGUGCGAGUGCCGUUUCAGCUCGAGUGACCUGCAUGACCUUGAGUACAUUGAGAGAUAUGUCUUUAAUAAAUUAGAAUAUGGGAGAUACAACAGCACCCUAAAUAAGUUCAUUGGAUACACUGAACACGGAGUGAAAAAUGCUGAAAGAUUUAACAAAGACGGAUCGGCACAACAACAGCAUGCUAAUCUGGAUGGAUACUGCAGACCCAAUGCUCAGCUCUACCUCAGUAAUGUACUGGAUAAGACAGUUGAGCCCACCGUAGAGGUCCUAUCUGCCAAGCCUGCCAGUCAUAGACACCCUGCCAUGCUGGUGUGCAGUGUCUAUGACUUCUACCCCAGAGGAAUCACAGUGACCUGGCUGAGAGAUGGAAAGGAGGUGAAGACUGAUGUGACCACCACUGAGGAACUGAGUAAUGGAAACUGGUACUACCAGCUCCACUCACAACUGGAGUACACACCGAAAUCUGGAGAGACCAUUGCCUGCAAGGUGGUGCACAGCAGUCGCCCAGAAGGCAAAGUGGUACAGUGGGACCCCUCCAUGUCUGAAGUAAAGAGAAAUAAGGUGAUCAUUGGGGCAUCUGGGCUGGUGUUAGGCCUGAUCAUCACAAUUGCUGGAGUGGUUUACUACAAGAAGAAAUCCACUGGGAGGAUUCUGGUACCAUCAAGUUAAGAUGCAGAAAAAUCAUAAGGAACAGGACUGAGGACACAGAUUUUAAUGUUUCUUCAUGAUUGCUAUUGUUGCCUACAUUUAAAUCCAUUGUUGUUUGUUUUAAGUACAGAUAAAGAAUGGAGAGUUUUCUGUGUAAAAUACUGGUGCAAGAAGGAGCAGGUUUUCUUUGCUAUUUUACCAGCUAAUAGAUUAAUUCAUGUAAUGGAAAUGAGGGUAUUACUUUGUACUACACAAUAUUUGUUCAUGGCAUACAUAAUAAAAACACAGAAGGCUAUUCAUCUUUAUAAAGGAUAUAUAACAGCAUCUUUUAUCAUUUUGUAAUGACAAAUCAUGUACGGGUUUGGUUGAAAUCUUUAUUUUGCAUUGUGUUGGCCAUAUGCUAAAUCACUGAAGUUAUUAAUUUACCUACCCUUAAUGAGCAUUGUUAAGCAGAUGGCCUGUAAAAGCUUUCAUGAUAUUGAUUACUCUUGU